GCGGAACUGCUCGGACUACUAACGGAGUAAGCAUGUGUGGAAUCUUCGCAUAUCUGAACUACCAUGUGCCACGUACUCGCCGUGAGAUCCUUGAGAUCCUGCUCAAAGGCCUGCGGCGUCUGGAGUACCGGGGCUAUGACUCUGCUGGUGUAGGGAUUGAUGGUGGUAAUGGUAAGGAAUGGGAGUCCAAUGCCAAGUCAAUCCAACUGAUCAAGCAGCGUGGAAAAGUGAAGGCGCUCGACGAGGAGAUCCACAAACAGCAGGAUAUAGACCUUGAUGUGGAAUUUGAUGUUCACCUUGGCAUCGCUCACACCCGUUGGGCCACGCAUGGUGCCCCCAGCCCAGUUAACAGCCACCCACAGAGGUCUGACAAGAGCAACGAGUUCAUUGUCAUUCACAAUGGAAUUAUUACCAACUACAAAGACCUGAGGAAAUUUCUGGAGAGCAAAGGCUAUGACUUUGAGUCAGAGACUGAUACAGAGACUAUUGCUAAGCUUGUAAAGUACAUGUAUGACAACCGGGAGAGUGAUGACAUCAGUUUUGCCACUCUGGUGGAAAGGGUGACCCAGCAGCUGGAAGGGGCUUUUGCUCUGGUUUUCAAGAGUGUCCAUUACCCUGGGGAGGCAGUUGGUACCAGGAGGGGAGGUCCUCUGCUGAUCGGAGUGAAGAGCGAUCACAAACUGUCCACAGAUCAUAUUCCCAUUCUCUACCGCUCCUCUGGAAAAGACAAGAAGAGCUGCACUUCUCUGCCCAGAACAGACCAAGACACUUGCUUGUUCCCUGUGGAUGAGAAGGCAGUGGAGUACUACUUUGCCUCUGAUGCUAGCGCAGUGAUUGAGCACACCAACCGGGUGAUUUUCCUAGAGGAUGAUGAUGUGGCUGCCGUUACGGAUGGUCGGCUUUCCAUCCACAGGAUAAAGCGCACAGUCGGAGACCACCCAGCCCGUGCCAUCCAGACGCUGCAGAUGGAGCUGCAGCAGAUCAUGAAGGGCAACUACAGCUCCUUCAUGCAGAAAGAGAUCUUCGAGCAGCCAGAGUCUGUUGUCAACACCAUGAGAGGAAGGGUCAACUUUGAUAACAACACAGUGACACUGGGUGGACUGAAGGACCACAUCAAGGAGAUCCAGAGGUGUCGACGACUUAUCCUUAUUGCUUGCGGGACCAGCUACCACGCUGGGGUGGCCACCCGUCAGGUCCUUGAGGAGCUAACUGAACUGCCUGUCAUGGUGGAGCUCGCCAGCGACUUCCUGGACAGGAACACACCUGUGUUCCGAGAUGACGUCUGCUUCUUCAUCAGCCAGUCCGGGGAGACAGCCGACAGCCUCAUGGCCCUGCGUUACUGCAAAGAGAGAGGGGCUUUGACCGUGGGCAUCACCAACACAGUGGGUAGCUCCAUUUCCAGAGAAACGGACUGUGGGGUUCACAUUAACGCCGGGCCUGAGAUUGGAGUGGCCAGCACCAAGGCCUACACCAGUCAAUUUGUGGCCCUGAUCAUGUUUGCACUAUUGAUGUGUGACGACAGGAUUUCCAUGCAGCCAAGGCGCCGUGAGAUCAUCCAGGGCCUGAGAAUACUGCCAGAUCUGAUUAAAGAGGUUCUGAGUUUGGAUGAUGAGAUCCAGAAGUUGGCUGCGGAGCUGUACCAGCAAAAGAGUGUACUGAUUAUGGGCAGAGGUUACCACUACGCCACCUGCCUGGAAGGAGCAUUGAAAAUCAAGGAGAUCACAUACAUGCACUCAGAGGGCAUCCUGGCAGGAGAACUGAAGCAUGGUCCAUUAGCCCUGGUGGACAAGCUCAUGCCAGUCAUCAUGAUCAUCAUGAGAGACCACACCUACACAAAGUGUCAGAAUGCCUUGCAGCAAGUUGUCGCUCGCCAGGGCCGACCCAUCGUGAUCUGUGACAAAGACGAUUAUGAGACCGUCAAGAACUCGAGCCGCACCAUCAAAGUGCCUCACUGUGUGGAUUGUCUCCAGGGCAUCCUGAGUGUCAUCCCUCUCCAGCUGCUCUCCUUCCACCUGGCCGUCCUACGGGGCUAUGACGUGGACUGCCCAAGAAACCUUGCCAAGUCUGUGACGGUAGAGUGAACCGCAUCGUUUGACACCUAAAGAUACGACUCCUGGGCACAUAUCACACACACAUACAGACUUCAAUGGAGUGGAUAUACAAGGAUACCAAGAGAAGACAAUUUCUGGUUUUAUGUGUUCAACUCUUAACCUUCUUUUUCAUGGAAUAAUUGAUCCUGUAAUCAAGUUACCAUAUGUUUCACUGUCAUCUUGUCUGGAAAACUGUUAACACAGCAUUGUUUGAGAAGUUGUUUUGUCAGUGGUGGCGAGGUUUGGACCGGUACUUACAAUAUACGCUAUCGUGUAAGUGAACCCAUAGCAACUGAAAGAAAGCUGUUGAACAUUAUUUACAGCUAUACUAAAAGCUUGUAAAUAAAUCCUAGUUUUUUUUUUUUUUAAAUCAUGGUAGAACUGUUAGGUGAAAGGAGUCAAGUGUGGGUUCAGGUCAACGUAGACAAAAAAUAAGAUCUUGAAGUUACACGCUGUGUUUUUCAUCAGUGCAAUAGUUUUUUAGUGUGUUUGGAUCGGUUUUCUUUGGCAGCUAAUCAUUUGAAGUGUCUUUACUUGACUUUAAAGUAAGACAUGCUUAAAUCAUUCCAAGCUGUUGUUCUCUUUGUUUCUCUGUAAUUUGAAUUGCUGGAAGAGUUUGCCUCCCAGGCUUGACUCUGCUUUCCUGUUGGAUCCGUUUUGGUGGCUAUGAGAGUGCACCAUUGGUCCAGUGGUGGCAUCUGAAGUCCCAGGAGUAUUUUGCUUGAGAGGCUUAUGGUUAAAUCGUGAUUAAGCCUCGCAAUUACACUGCUGCUCAAAUGGGUUUGUCUUCUUGAGAAGAGUACAACUGCAUCACCGAGUAAACCAUGUGUUAGGAACACAUAAUGUUGAAUAUCUCUGACGCCGGUCUUUUUAGGGUAGGUUAGCAAGAAUAGGCCUUGUGAAAUAGUGCAAUCUAGGUCUGUUAAGUGGGUAACUCAAGAUAGGGAAGGGUUUCUAUGUUUCAGUUACUAUAGAUAGUACCUUAAUAUGUUUACAAUGCUUCUGCUUGUUUCAUUUUCUGUGUAUCAUAAUCUGCUUGCUACCAAUUCCAUUUCUCAUUCUUUGCUCAUCAAUGUUGCUGAAGAGACAUUAUUUUUGUUUUGUGAUUUUUAUGGUUUACCAUAGAAUGAUAGAAAGAAUCCGUUUCAUUAGUUCGUGAAGUUCAAAUCGCACAAACUGUGUUGCCAACCCAUACCCUGCCACCCUGACUAUGUAGAUCACAAUGUGGGGACCAUUUGUUACUAUUCUUUCCUAGUUUUGUCAUUUUCAUAUACGAUGGUAGAAAUGUUAUAUUAUUGAAGUUGCUCUUUGAUUUAAAAUGUGAAACGUGAUUGUCAUUUACACUAUCCUGUCAAACCAAAAAUGGCUGUUAUCAACAAUGGCUUUGGCAGUUGGAAACCAAAACAUUUGUAUUUGCAUCUUGAUACUAUUUGAUUGUAACAGUAUGAAAUGGUUAGCUACAAGGUCGAGUGGGAUAUAUACACAAUUAUGCAACCACGUGUUAUACUGCAGACUGAACCACAGAUGUCAAGUGUGUAUGCUCUCUCAAAUGGCUUUAUCAGCCAAUGAGCAACAUGUAUACUGUUAAUUGCAUAAUAUUGUGUGAGAGGCUGCUUGUCUGAUUUUUUUUCUUUUAUUUUAACAGUUUAUGAAGACAUUCGUGUUGCCCUUGCAAUCAUGCCUUAACUUGUCUUUAGGCACUCUCUGUUCACAGUUCGCUCAAUCUUUGUCUAAUUUUCAAUGCAGAGCUUAAUUGUUUGGAAAACUGGACAGUGCUAUGACAGGUACUUCAGUAAUCCAAUUCAAUGAGAAGGUUUUCACUCGGUUUCUUAAAAUUUGGACAAGGGAAACCGCACCGAAUUCCAGCAACAUCUGUUGGAAACUAUUAGGUUAACUGGGGGGAGCUGGGCACUAUUUAUAGCUGAUGCAAUAAAGUGUCAAGUACUUCUCUUUAAGUGUCUGGGCCUGUUUGGUCAGCGAGGAUACAAUGAUAUUGUACGCAAAGCACUAAAUGUACAAGCGGGUCUUAGUCUGACUGCCUCUACAUCACUCCUCCAUUAUAGUUUAGGCAGCAAAUAUUUAAAAAAAAAAAAUUUAAUUACAUUUUAUUAAAAGAACACAAUAAAAACUUUCAUAGACAAAGAUCUGUGUUGAA